GCUGAGGUGGCUGGGGGCGGGCUCGGUACUGUGGCGGCUCGGUUGUCGCUGUGUGCUGGUUGCUGGUAGGUCGGUACCUUCCGUCUCCUGGUGCCGUCCUGCGGUUGUGUGAGGUCUGUGGGGCUGUCGCGCGGCUCUCGGCGGCGGACCUGGACCUGGACCUGGACCUGGACCUGGACCUGGACCUGGACCGGACACGACGCGCUGUGCGGCGCUGGGCACCGCUGCCAGCUCUGGCGGGAGCGGCUCCGCUGGUGUGUGGGAGGAAUCGGGGCGGGUUCGCAGCUCCUUGGGGUCCAGGGAGGUGAGGAACGGCCGGGCGGGCUGGGCCGGCGGCGGUCUCCGCCUUCACUGGGCUCUGCGGUCAGUCCUGGUCUCGGCACGCCGGUGCCUGCGCUACGACCGAGCCUUUGUUGGGGGUCUGAGCUCGGUGCCCAGGUUUAACCAGCAGUGGAGCCCUUCCUGGGAAGGUUUCUGCCCCGUGAGCCACGCCGGAGGCAUAGCGAUCACCUUGUCCUCGCAGGUGCAGGACUUUGCAUUUCUGUUGGUUGAACUUCAUGAGGUUCCUGUCAAUGUGUUUCUUCAGCCUUUCCAGAUCCCUUUGGAUGGCAGCAUGACCCUCUGGUGUAUCGGCACCUCUUCCUCAUUGUGUGUUGUGAAAAUUUGAUGAAGAAUCUUGGUUCCUGUGACCUGUCAGUAUCCAAGAGAUUAAAAAAAAAAAAAAUGGUGUGAAGGACCUGUGCAUGACGAAUAGUACUGUCUGGAAGUCUCUUCACUGCUGAAUAAGCAUACCUACGAGCUACUCAGUGCAUGGAAGAGGCUGAAGAUGCUGAGCCGUUUGUCAGGUUUAGCAAAUACUGUUCUACAGGAGCUGUCAGGUGAUGGUGCAGAUGCAGUUACUGAAUCCUCUGUGACUGUACAAACUUCAGAGUCAGGAGCAGAAAGCAUGGAGGAGGCACCUGGGGAGUUACUGGAGCGCCUAGCUCAAACAGAAAAACUAGUUGUCCAGCUGAAGGAUUUGAUCCGAGAAAAGGAUGCUCUGCUCCAGCAAAAAGAAACCGUACUCAAGGAAGAGCGGGAGGCUGCAGAUGCAAAACUGAUGAAGCUGAAACUUCAGGCCAAAGCCAAACUGGCCUCUCUGAAUAAACGCAUUGAGGAGUUGACAGAGAAAGGAUCACCGAUGCCUGCACAGACCUUAUCAGAAGAGCAAGUGUAUUCUAAGUGUCAGAGUAAUCAAAAUACAAAUGAAGGGCACAGAGAUGAAGUCAAAGGACUAAUAGAACAGCUCAGGACACAAGAGGAUACUGUUCAGGAUCUGAAGGAACAGCUGGCUCUAGCCAAGAUGAAUCUUAAUGAUGCUGAAAUCAAGUACGCAACACAGCUGAGUCACCUGCAGGAAGUAAUUGAGGAGAAGGAAGCUUUCCUAAAAGAGCAGGUUCAACAGCACCAAGCUGAAUUGCUGAAGAUAGCGGCUGAGUCAAAUCUGGAUAUAGAGAUGCAGCAGAACCUGCAUACACUUCAGAGAAAGCUACAGGAAAAGGAAACAGCUCUGCUAGAACAAACUCAGGUGGUAGAAUUUCUGGAGCGGGAAUUGCAUAUGGCUGAACAACAAAAACAGAUGUUACAAGAUCAAUGCCAGAAGAUGUCAGUGGAUCUAAGCUCCCUGAAAGAUGUGCUAGAUGCAGAGAGACAAGAGUCUCGGAGUCUUAGAGAGAAAAUGGAGAUGGAACUAGCCGAGAGGAAGCUGUCCUGCCAUCACUUGCAGGAGGAGGUACAGUGUCUCUCAGAACAGCUACAAGAGGCAAGAAGGGCGCAAGUGGAAUUAGAGAGAUACAGAGGCUUGGAGAAGAAACGAAGGCAGGAGGUGGAAGAGAAAAACCUACAGAUCAGUUGUCUUAAGGUGGCUGAGCAAGAGCUCCAAUCUAGCUAUGCUGCCCUUGUAGCUGAAAAUGAUAAGCUGAAACUGGAUGUUGACCAGCUGUUGAUGCUGUCUGCUGAAAACAGUACUACAAUAAAGAAACUACAGGAUGAACUUAUACAGAAAUCUGAAGAAUUUGUAUGCUGUCAGAAUAAGCUGAAAUCCUGGUUGGAGGUCUCUGAAUUGAAGAAAGAGGAUAAAACAACUUCACAGGAAAAAACGAUAGAGAAGGAAGAUGGGACUGGGACUUUACUACUAUCCAUAGAAAACUUGGAAAGACGGAAGACUGAAGAUGAGAUACCACGCUUGCAACUUGUUCUCCGGGAGCCUCAGCAGGAAGCUGCGAUGGUUGCAGAAAAUUCAAAGGAGAACAAAAAUGCUGGAUCUGAGGUGAAAAUGCAAGACUUGCAGACUCUGGAAGAUCCAGCCUCUUACGUAGAUUGCUCUCCUACACUGAGAGGUGUGUCAGGAGAGACGGUGAAUUCAGAAGUGCAAAAGCCUUUUGAUGAUACUUCGGUGCUACCUGAGGCAAGAACAGAUGGCUUUCCCAGGGGAAGUGAGCAGUUUACUGGGGAAAAAUGUAUGUCUGGAAUUCUAGAAUAUCUUGCUGCAGAGAAACAGAAGGAGCUGUCAGUUUUGCUGCUGGAACUGAAAGAAGCCCAAGAAGAAAUAGCAUUUCUGAAAGGGCAGCUCAAGGACCCAAACAGUCAAACUUCUACAGUAAAUGAAGCAGGAGAAGAAGCUAACCAGCUGGAAGAUAAUUCCCAGACACGGCAUCUUGACAGGGAAGAGCAAAAGGCUUCAGAUGCACAAAAUGAGUUGAUCAAUAGCUCAUUGCUGAGAGAAACAGAAAUACAGCAAAUUAGUGCACUUCAGGAAAACAAAACCAGUCUUCAAGAAGUGCCCCAGGGGAGUGCUGUUCAUGACAGAAGGGAAAUGGAAGCAACACAGGAAGUCUCUACAACAGUUUCAGAGCCUGGCACCUCUCAAUGUGAAGAGCUGAUAAAGCUGCAAAAUCAAGUUACAGAACUGCAAAUAAUUCUGCAGAAAUCAGAAGAAUCCUAUAAGAAAGAUCUGGGAGAAAAAGAUGAAGAAAUAAAUAGGCUAAACCAGUUGGCUGAGGAAUACAGAAAAAAGAUAGAGGAUUCUGACAGUACAUUUUGUGUUUUGGCUGAAGAAAGAGAUCAGCUCCUUUGUAAGGCGAAGGACCUUUCUACCAUAACAGAACUGAAGGAGCAAGUGAAGCAACUGGAGGAAAAUCUAGCUCUUUCAGAAAAGCAGAGACUGUCAGACAGUCAGAGCAGUCUUCUGAGAGAACAAAUCCAAAGCCUAAAACAUGAAUUUAAAUCCAAAGAGAGAAAAAUUGAAGCUUUGCAAAAAGACUUGGAUGAAGCACAACUUCAGCUUUCUGAUCAGGACCUGCAACUAAAAGAUAUGAGAAGCCAGGUCCAGAACAAGGAAUGUGAAGUACUUGAUCUGGAACAACUUCUGAGGAAAAACACAGCUGAGAUUGAAGAGCUUUCCCAAAGCUUAGCCUUAAAGGGCCUUGAAGCAGCAAGCCUAGAACAGCUUGUUGCCGAACGUACCAGGUGUAUAGAGACCCUGCAACAAACCUUGUUUGAGAAAGAAGAACAGAUGACAGAGAUCAGUGUCAGCAUGUCCGAGAAAAUAGUACUGCUGAAUGAAGAAAAAUUUUCUCUAGAAACAGAGUUAAAGAGUCUCAAAGAGAAAACAAGCCUCUUAUUAAAAGCCGAGGAGGAAAAAGACAAAAACAUAAAAGCAAAAGAUACAUACCUGAACCGUGAAUCAUCUGAGCAGCAGUAUGAGACAGAAGCAGCGUGUAAAGAAAGUGAGACAUUAGUAAGUGAACUUGAACUUCUGAAAAAAGAAAAUGAACAAGUAAAGCGGAAGCUGCAAGCAGCACUUGUUAACAGGAAGGAGCUCCUGAAGAAGGUUAGCAAAUUGGAGAACGAAUUAGUACAGCUGAGAAGAGAGGCUGAAUCAGAAAACUCAGUGGCUCAAGAAGCUGAAGGAGGAGAAAAUACGACAAUUAGAAUAAGCCAAGAAGUGAAUCUUGAAAGCCAGCCCAGAGAGGGAUAUCUAAUUCAACUGCUUUCUGAAAAGGAAUCUGAGUUGCAGAGCAUCCAGAAGGACCUGCUGGAUAAAGAAACUGCUGAAGCACAGGUACAUGCAGUGACUGAGGAAAUGAAGCAACGCUUGCAAGGAAAGACAAGCAUUGAUUCAAUUAAAGUUGAAAUCACGGAAAGUCAGACAAUUGCAGACAAACUAACUGAAACCGAUAAAAGCCCAGAAGAUUAUGAAGAAAAUGAAAAAAAUUGUUCGGCAGCUACAAAUCUUGAAGAAAACCAGAAGUCUGCUCUGAAAGAGAGGAUUUCAACUCUUGAACAAGAAAAAGAACAACUUCAAAAAAAACUUCAGGAAGCCCUGGUGUCUCGCAAAGACACUAUAAAGAAGGCUCAAGAAAAAGACAGGCAUCACAGAGAACAGCUUAAACAGCAGAAAGAUGAUUACAACAUCCUACAAGAACAAUUUGAUAUGCAAAGCAAAGAGAAGGAAAGCAUCCAAGCUCAGCUCAGACAACUCCAAGAACAGAGAGGAUCAACAGAGAGUAUUCCUGAGAAUCAAGGUUGGUUGGAUUCUUCAUGCUUGGAAGCAGAAAAUACUACAAACAGCAAGCUUAUACAAGUUGCAGGUGUUUCUGGGGAAGAGUAUAAGACAAAAUUUGAGAAACUGCAGAUGGAAAAAGAGGAGUUGGAACAUAAGGUCAGCCAUAUGGAAAGUGAACUUGCUUGCAAAUCAGAAUUAGUCUUUCAUUUGCAAGAGCGCAUAGCACAGUUGUUUCCGGAGACAGAAGGACUGACUAGAACCUCUGACCAAGCUGAAGCUGACACAGCAAGACUUCAGAUAGAACUGGAGGAAAGUCAAGUAAAAGUUUCUAGAGAAGGCAAUCUGGAAGACCUGAAAACACUUAUGCAUCAAAAGGAUGAAGAAAUUAAAUUCCUUAAUUUGCAGUUAAGGCAGAAAAGUGAAGCUCUCAUUAACGUACAGGCACAGUUGCUGGAAAAAGAAGAUUCAGUCAAGAGACUCUGUAGUCAGUUUGAAACUCAAGCUCAGGUACAUGAGGAACAAAGCAAGAGACUGCAAACUGAGCAGCCUGAAAUUCAGCACAAGCAAGAUGACAAUGCAGAAACAGCUAAACAGAAGAAUCAAAUGCAGAGAAAGUUGCAAGCUGCACUUAUUUCUAGAAAAGAAGCAUUAAAGGAGAACAAAUCUCUGAAAGAGGAACUGGCAAAUGCCAAAACUAUUAUUGAGAAUCUUUCUGUCAAGUUGACAAAUAUGGAAAGCCAAAUAUGUGGCCAUGUUAAAGAAACAGAUAGUUUAACAGAAAAGUUAGUGGGUCUCACUGAAGAGCGAGAAAAACUUAUUGCAGAAGUUGAUAAGGUAGUUAGAGAAAAUCAGAAUCUUGAUGGAUGCUGUAAAAACCUUGAAUUGACUCUAGACAGAGUUGUUCUAGAGAAGGAGAAGCAGGAAAAGGAGAUGGAAUCCCUGAAAUGUUUUCAAGCUGCUGAGAGUUCUGAGUGGCGUGAGAAAUACAGGGAGCUUCAGACAGAAUAUGAAACUCUCCUGCAGUCAUAUGAAAAUGUGAGCAAUGAGGUUGAGCGGAUUCAGCGUGUUUUGGAGACUGUUAGACAGGAAAAGCAGGAAAUUUUCAUUAAGCUGAAAAGUGCUGAAGCAAAAAGAGAAGAAACAGAUAAGCAGCUGCAGGAAGCUGGGCAGGAAAUUGAUGGAAUGAAGGAGAAAAUGAGGAAAUUUGCAAAAUCAAAGCAACAAAAGAUCCUGGAACUAGAGGAGGAGAAUGAGAAGCUUAGAUCAGAGAUGCAUUCUACAGAUGAGGAUCUACGCAGGACCAGAGAUGUAUCUUUAUUUACAAAUAUUAGCCUGAAAGAAGAUCUGGAGAGCUCUAGGAGGGAUUAUCAGUCUCUUUCUACUCAGCUUGAAACAGUAAUGGCUGAAAAAGAGUCUCUUACUCAAGAGAUCACAGACUUAAAGCAUCACUUGCAGUUAACAGAAUCCAAGCUGAAGGAAAGCAGAGAACUGAUAGACAAGUAUGUUGCCCAGAAGACAACAGCGGAAGAAACAAAUCAGGCAGUUGUCAUGCCACCACCUAUGGAGAGGACUGAAAAUCAAGUGGACUUAAGCUUUAGACCAAAAUCUCCUAAUGCAGAGCUGGAACAAAAAGCUUUUGAAGAUAGUAGCUUAUCUGAGGAUCUUAAUAUCUAUGUAAAAAAGAUAGCUGAGCUCACAGAGCGAAUCACAGAACUAGAAGAUAAUAGGAGGGCUUCAGAACAACAGCUGGGUGACAUCCGCGUUUGUGUGGAGACUUUAGCAGGUGAGAAAAGGGCUUUAGAGACCCAAAUGGAAGUGAAAGUCCAUGAACUGAAUAUUCUCCAGGACACAGUAGCAAAGAUGGAGCAAACAGUUCAAAACACAAAAGAAGACCUCAUCAGGAUGUCUGAACUGAAGGACACUCUAGAGGCUGAGAAGGAUGAUUUGGAAGAAAGGCUCAUGAAUCAGCUGGCAGAACUUAAUGGGAGUAUUGGAAAUUAUCAGCAAAAUGCAACAGAGUUCCAAAUUGAAAAUGAGCAACUGAAACGUGAGCUUCAGAGUUUGCAGAGAAUGAUACAUGAAGUAGAGGAGGAGAAACGUCAGAUGGUAAAGGAGAAUAGUAAAGCAAGUUCAGAAAAGCAAAAGGAAUAUUUAGAAAAGCUAAAAAACACGUGGAGGGGAGACAGUAGCACACAUGUAAAGGAGCUUCAGGAAUUGCUGAGACAGAAACAGCAGGAGAUUAAGCAGCUGCAGAAAGACUGUAUUAAAAGCCAGGAAAAAAUCAGUAGUUUAGAAAGAACUGUUAAAGCUCUGGAAUUUGUCCGGAGUGAGUCUCAGAAAGAUCUAGAAGCAGCCAAAGAGACUUUAGCAAAAGCACUUGAAGACACCAGUAAAGCCCAGAAAGAGCUUGCUCUCUGCAGAGUAGUAUUGGAUGACACACAGAGUGAGGCAGCAAGGGUUCUAGCAGAGAGUGUCAAAGUAAAAGAAGAGUUACGGGCAAACAAAGAGAAUAUUCAAAUUCAAAUGAAGAAAAAAGAUGAGGACUUUGAAAGAAGACUGGAACAGGAGAAAAACAAGCACUCAAAGGAAAUCAAGAACAUGGAAGAAAAGCUGGCAACUUUGCAGAGGGAGAAAGACUAUAUGGAAACAACUGUUCGUGAUGUUCAAGGCUCCUUGACAACAAAGGAUCAAGAAGCCAAGGAAUUGGAAGGCAACCUAAACAAAACACUAGCCCAACUUGCAGCGUUCACCAAGAGCAUGUCUUCCCUUCAGGAUGACAGGGAUAGAGUGAUAGAUGAAUCCAAAACAUGGGAGAAGAAAUUCACAGAAACUAUUCAAAAGAAGGAGGAAGAAAUACGUUCAAAAGAGGAAAUGUGUGUUAUGCUAAAGGACCAGAUGAAGCAGAUGACUAUACAUAUGGAAGAACUUCAGAUUCAUAUAUCCAGGCUGGAAUGCAAUAAGAAAGACUGGGAAUCUGAAUAUAAGGAGGAGAUUCAGCAUCAUCAAAAGACAUGCGAAAUAUUGCAGGCAGAAAAAAAGGAGCUUUUAACUCAGCUAGAAGGGUCUCAGAAGCUGUACAAGGAGUCUCAGAAUGAACAGCAGAAACUGGAGUCAGAAAUCCAGAGCCUGAGAGACCAACUUGCUGACUUGCAGAGUUCCUUUGCCAGAUGUGAAUUGGUCAGAGAAGAGCUGGAGAGUAUGGUCAAGCAGCAAGAGACCAGUAUCCAGAAUUUUAAAUUCAGCUGUGAACAGCUUGAGGCUGAUCUGCGGGCUUCCAAGGACUUAACAAAUAAGCUGCAUGAAGAAACCAGUGCCAAAGAUCAAAAGAUCAUUAGUUUGCUGUCUGCCAAGGAAGAAGCAGUUACAGCAGCUCUGUCUGAAUUACGGCAGCAAUAUUCUGAAGAAAUGACAUUGAUGGAGGAUAGGCUAACUAAGGAGGAAGAAGAUAAAAAAGCCUUGGAAAAUGAGAAGAACAAAUUUCUUGACAAACUUGAUCAUCUCACUGAAAAGAUUAAGAUAAUCAGAGAAGAAAAUAAGCAGCAGAAGGCACAACUGGAAUCCUUCACCAAAUCCAUGUCAUCUUUGCAAGAUGACAGAGAUCGUGUACUGAGAGACUACGAGCAACUUGAGGAACGUCAUCUUGUUAUAAUCUUGGAAAAAGACCAACUAAUUCAAGAGGCUGCAGCUGAAAAUAAUAAACUCAAGGAAGAAAUCAGAAGUUUUCAUAGCCAGAUGGAUGACCUCAACUCUGAGAAUGCCAAGCUGAGUGCAGAGCUGGUGCGGUACAGAGAAGAUCUGAACCAAGUAAUUUCAAUAAAGGACUCCCAACAGAAACAACUUCUCAAAACACAGCUUCAGCGGAUCCAGACUCUGGAAAAGGAGAAGGCAAUAGUAGAAACACAGCUGAAGGAGUCUGAGCAUACUCAGGAUAAUCUCAGGAAGUGCAUGGAAGUCUUGAGAGAGGAUAAAGUCAGUAUGUCUCAAGAGGUUGAAACCCUUACAUCCUCUCUGUCCCGGGUACAGAGUGAGAUGGCAGCAUUAUGUGAGGGGGGUCCUAUCAUGGAGUGUCAAGCACAGCUGAAGGCCCGACAGGAAGAGGCACAAGAACUGAAUCAUAAGCUUGCCCUCUCACAGAAAAGAAUAAGGGAACUUGAGGGAGAACUAGUAUGUGUUCAAAGGGAUGCAGCCAGAAGAGUGGGAGAGGUUGAAGACAGGCUUAAAAAGGAAUUAAAGUACCUGCAUCAUGAUGCAGGGAUAAUGAGGAAUGAAACAGAAACAGCAGAGGAGAGAGUAGCAGAGUUGGCACGGGACCUGAUGGAAAUGGAACAGAAAUUUCUUGCAGUUACAGAUGAAAACAAAGAUCUGAGAGCCCAAAUUCAGUCUUUUGGGAAGUCCAUGAACUCUCUUCAGGAUAGCAGGGACCAGGCCAAUGAAGAGCUUCAAGUUUUGAAACAGAAAUACUCUGCAGAGUUGGAGGAACAACAGAGUCUAGUGCAGGAGCUUCAGAAAAAGAUGGUUCAGUUACAAGAGGAGCAAAAUUCUACUGCCAGGGACCGAGACACAUUGAGGUCUGAGCUGACAGAACUGCAGAAAGCCGCUGAUGAAAGAGGUCUCUUGGCCCAGAUUGAGAAACUUUAUAAGAAGCUCAGAGCCAAAGAUGAUGAGCUUCUCCAUUUGUCUUCAGAACUGGAAGGCUCUUCCAACCAAGUCAAAUCUUUCUCCAAGGCCAUGGCAAGCCUGCAGGAUGAAAGAGACCGUCUGCUGAAUGAAUUAGACAAAACGCGUAAGAUUGAAGAAGCAAAGCAGCGAGCAGAAGGGAGCACUUUGACCACUCCUUCAGAAGUGCAGAGUCUUAAGAAGGCACUGUCCUCCUUGCAGAAUGACAGAGACAGAUUAGUAAGAGAGCUGAAGAAUCUGCAGCAGCAAUACAUACUAGUUGGGAUAGAAUCAGCUGAAAACUCUCGCUUAAAGGCACAAGUACAGGAAUAUCAGCAAGAAGCAGAUAAACAGCACCAUCUCCAAGAGCAGCUGGAGCAAGAAAGUAUUUUCUACCAGCAGGAGCUCCAGCAGCUUAGGCAAGAGAAAAUUACUUGGGAAAAGCAGAUCGGCAGCAUCAAAGAGCAGUACCUGAUGGUCAUAGCAGAAAAAGACAAGCAGCUGAGCCAUUUACAAAAGAUCAUGCAAGAAAUGAGGCUGCCCCUUACCAAGUUUCAAACUGUAGAGGAGCAGUACCAGAAGAAGGUUUCUCCAGAAGCUCUGAGAGGGGACUUUUCAAGCCUAGAAACAGAGACAAAACAUCUCCAGGCCCAGUUAAGUGACUGCCUGAAAGAACUGCACCAAAAAGAGCUCAGAAUUCAGCAUUUAAACAGUAAGCUCUCUCAGGUAUUUGAGGAGAAAAAUGCCCUCUCCCUCCAGCUGCGUGGUAGCAGUCGAAACAUCUGUGAUAGUCACCAGCACUACAAUGAGGUUCUGAACCGCUGCUUGGUGCUUGAAAGGCAGCUCCAGGAGCUGCAGUCUGCAGACAAGAGCAUGGAGUCUUUUACAACAGAUGCUGCUCCUGGAGCACCCCAAGAAAAGAAUGAGCCUGGAGGGAGUUACACACCUGAACUACAGGAGUUGCAGCUGAGGUUGUCUGAAACUGAAAAUUUACACAGCAGCACAAAGCAAGAUCUGAGGUAUUUAGAGGAGCAACUGGAGGAAGAACGGGACCGUCGUCUUGCUGUAGAGGAAGCACUCUCUGCAGCACAGGAUCAGAUCAGGAGGUUGCAGUCAAGUGAGUGGACAUCUUCCUUAAGUGGUAGCAUUGAUAUGACUCCAGGUCAUGAGCAUUCCUUGCUGAUUGACUCCAUGGAUAAUAAUUUCAGCAAAACUCGGAAUAUUGUUGGACUACGACGCUUGUUACGCUCUCUCUUCCGUUCCCGGACCCACUUGCCUUUGCUAGUGGCCGUGUAUCUGCUUGCUCUUCAUGCCCUGCUCUUCCUGUGCUUUACAGGCCACCUAUGAACAGAACAACAGCCUUUUCUUGAGCCACAGCCCUCUGUGUAAUCCCUGAGCCUGUACUCCCUAUCCACCAGGUAGCUGUAACCAGCACACCUCCCAGCUGCCUUCCUUUUCCAAAUCAGCCCUUAAGGGGCAGCACCACCCAGCAACCUGAACACAAGUUGCUUGCUGUCUGAAUAUGCAGCAGCCAGUGCUGAUGCCUGGGGUAUGUUUCCAGGACAUCUGUCAUUCCAUUCAGUGGUUUUAAAUGAUUGAGCAGUACAUUUUCUGAACUGGGGUCCUCAAGCUAACAGUUUAAAGGACAGCAUCUGAUCCCAUACCUGGAGGUAGCAUCACUCAUUUUAUGUAAUAUCGUGAUAUGGUAGGAAUAAAUAAGAUAUUCAUGAAUUGCUGCAGUAAUUCAAUGCUUCUAAGAACUGCAGGAUCUUCACCCUCUUAGACUGAAUCAGUGAGCUGGGUUGAGAAAACUAGGUGCAAGAAAGGAAAGCUUCUUCCCUUUCUUUUGUACCCUAUUUCAUACUCCACAGCUUAGUGCUAUUUGAAAUGUAUAUCCUAAGGAGUUUGUGGACACUUUCAGGAAUAUGAAUUUCAAAAUCAUGCUUCCUGCUCAGUUGCAUUGCCUGUUGAAAUAGGGACAAAAUUAGUAUGUUUGGACCUACUGAGCACUCCAUUUAAAAACAGUUGUAUGUCUGCUCUGACAAGCUUGUAAAAUAAUGUCAGAAAUGUAAUUAUUGAAAAGGAAUAGGAGGAAGAAACUGUUUAGCUCCAAGUUAAUAACCUUGCUGCUUAUAGCAUUUGUGCACCUCUUACUGAAGAGAGAAAGUGCUUGCAUACUUCUUGAAAAGAGAGCAGCCGUGCUCUUGCAUUUUGCUUCGCUGUACCGUUGUCACAAGAUUAAACCUGUACAGGCUGUGUUGAAGGGUUCCAUAAUGUGGUAUGUGGGUCCAAAUCAAAUGCAGAAGAACUUGAACUAUAACUGUUCCCCCUGUGCUGGGGAAUGGAACAGAGUUCUGAGGCCUGUGGCAUCGUUGCUUUAAGAAAAGCUUGUAGAAUGCUAAUUGUGAUCAUUGGACUUGUUUGACUAAAGCAAACUGAUGUAAAUGGACUUGAUCAAAUAGGAUACAUGAAAAGCUGUUUUUCUAAAGAACUCCUGAAAAUGUCCUGAAGUUGAGACGGUGCCCUCUUCCAAAGGGAGAAUGUUGAAUGCAAAGAAGAUAGUGCUAGUUCAGUUUCUUGUCAAAGACCAAGCCAUCGCUCUGUUCAGAGUACUUGGCAGAAGGAUUGUAUCUGCCUUUUGCUGGACUAUUCAUGUUUGCAUUUUUUCACAUGGGAAAGAGAGAGUUCUUUUGAUAUUGCUGGUAACCUAAGAGUCUCUAGUCACUGAAUAAAGCCUGUUUGAGGAUGGAUUGAAUUCAUCAUUGUAGCUAAAAUAAUUAGAUCUGGCAGAACACUGGCACAAAAUAGCCAUUAGUGCACUAUCCUUGAUGAUUUGUGUGAAUUUCCUCAACUACAUAAAAUUCUGCGACCAAAUACUUUGCCUAUAGCUUCCUGGGGCAUGUGCUCCUGUACAUAAUAAAGAUUAUUUUUCAGAU